AUGAGCGAAAAUGCGACAUUGGCAAAAAAUGGUAAAGGCUCGCCUCUGGUACUUAUCAGUGCCAGAGAUAAAACUGCUCCAGAGGAAGACGGAGACAACAUGAAGCAAAUCCAGCGUCUAAAAAGAGAAAUCGAUCUCCUUGGCAUACAUCAUAUCACGAAGACGUCAACUUUAGAACAAGAGAUCAGAUAUCUACAAGAGGAGAAUUUCGAGCUAUCUCGCAACCUUCAUUGGUACAAAACGCAGUACGAUGCGAAGGAAAGCGGGUCAUUUGCUCCAGAUGAAAUAGAGGAGCUGAAUGCAGAACUUGAAAGGAGAAAUAUCGAGAUCGAGGAGAAGAUCCGACAGAAUUCAUCGCUUGAAGAGCAACUAAACACCGCAGAAGGGUUGAGUGCUGUACUGAGAGACUCUCAACCUGGCAAUCAAGUGUCAAUGAUGUUCUCAAAGGAUUUGACUCGGCUUGAGACUGCAAUAAGCCAAGCAGCUUUACUGCUUUUUCAAUGUCUCUCUGACCAGCAGCUCUUAAAACUAGGGAAAAAGCCUCGCAAAGCUCCAGAGUUACAUGAGCUGAUCAAGUCAAGUCUUGGGAAGAUAGGUGUUCUACUUUCUGACUCCAAGUUUGCAUUUUCUGCCCUGGUAUUCGGCUUCAUACGAGAGCGAGUCUUUUACUCAAGCAGUUGGACUACUUUACAAGUAGAGGGUCAUAUGUUAAGGGGAUAUAAGGCAGCAAUUCAACGUGUUACUCCCGCGGGCACUCUCGAAGGGUUUCAUAGGGCAGCUGUCGAGCUUAUGCUGGAGGAGAACCAUCCGUUCCGAGAUUGUUGGGUUCAGUCGCACGUUGAAGAGGUUCAAUGUGAGCUUUUGGCACUUCUGAGCCCGUUGCUUGAAGCCCCAAAGUUAGAAGACUUUGACAGGGAUAUUCGGAAUGCACUAAGGCGAGCUUUUACAAAUGCGUUUCACUUUCGUGCCCGCUGUGUACCCCCUAGAGGAACUCGCUACAACCUCAUGCAGCCUAGCCCUGGUGACAUAUUUGACCCCGAAUACAUGGAAGCUCAAAGACCCGACGGAAGCAAAAUUUCAGUUCCUUGUGGAGAAAGGCAUCUGGUCAAAUUUUGUGUUAUCGGUUGCCUCAUUUCCCACGUGGUCAAAGAAGAUCCACUCAGCGGAGAUACAUUCAACGCGAUAGACCAGCCAUUUUUGUCAGUCACGCAGAGAGAUGGGAUCACUGAAAUCAUGGCACGGGGAUGUCUGAGGAGUGGAAAGGCAAUUGUCAUUUUAGAAGAACCCCAACCGUAG